AUGAGCCUAGGCUCUCCACAUAAGUUACCGAGUGGGGAACUCACAUUCUCAAUUAUCUCAAUACUUGCAACUGCUAUCCUCCGGGCACUCCUAAAUAUGUCUGAAAAAGCAAAACAGCGUCUCCAGGCACUCAGCCAGCAGCUGGUUGAAGGGAUUCCAGACGAAGGCACCUUUGAAGACAUCCCCAAGAUACGACAUGUUGCACCAAACUCGGCAGGACCUCGAACAAAGGGCAAAGUGGUCAUAGUAACCGGAGCAAACUCACCGAGUGGAAUUGGACGAUCCAGUGCCCAUCAAUUCGCCAACAAUGGCGCCAAAGCAGUCUACAUCUGCGACUACAACGACUUAAAUUUACCAACUCACAAACGAGAGAUAGAGUCUCUCUACUCCGAUGUCGAUGUCCACACACGAAAAUUUGAUGCAGCAGACGAAAAAGCUGUGAUCUCAGUCAUUGACGAGGCAGUGACAAAGUAUGGGCGAUUGGAUAUAUUCUUCGCCAAUGCCGGCAUUGUAGGUCAGCCGAGGCCAUUUACCGAGAUUGAUGGGGAUGAAUUUAUGAAGACUAUGAAGACGAAUGCUCUUGGAGUCUUUUUAGCAGCUAAGCAUGCAGCCCCAGCAAUGAAAAUAACCUCAGAAUCUAAACCCUACCCAAGCGGAUCCAUCAUCUGCACUGCGUCAGUAGCAGGUCUUAGAUCCAAUGCCGGAUCUACAGAUUACUCUGCCUCCAAAGCGGCAGUUGUUUCCAUUGCUCAAACAUGCUCUUACCAAUUAGCCGGUACAGGCAUUCGUAUCAAUGCUAUAUGCCCCGGUUUGAUUGAGACGGGCAUGACACAACCGUUGUUCGACAAUGCUCGAAAACGCGGUACCGAGCGUAAGGUUGGACAGUUGAAUCCCAUGCAGCGUGGAGCUGUUGCGGACGAGGUUGCGCGUGUUGCGCUAUUCCUUGGUAGUGAUGAAAGCAGCUAUGUUAAUGGUCAGGCUUGGGCUGUUUGUGGUGGUUUGUCUGCUGGACAUCCUGUUGUGCCGGGGAAGCUGGCAUAA